GCGUGGCUGCGCCGGUGGUGGGCGAACUGUGGGCUGGAGAGAGAGAGAGAGAAAGAGAGCGAGGGCGCUGUGUGUGUAUCUCUCUCUGUGUGUGUGUGUGUGUGUGUGUUUGAGUGUCAUGCUUCAUAAAGUCGUGUGCUACAUCAGGUCUACUGUUACUCUGCGCGAGGCCAAUGGACACACAUGCUACGCCUAGAGCGUAGGGACGAGAGGACAGCGGAGGUCUGACAGGCUUUUUUUUUCCGGUGUGGAGCUGUGGUGUUGGGGGAAUAGAAGAGGGAGGUGGUGGUGGUGGUGAGAGGCAUCUUUGUUUUUUGAUCACGGCACAAAGAGCAACGGCAGGGACAGCAUGGUAUCGGAGGAGGGCUCUGCCGCUGCAACUGUAAGGACUAAUGGGUAUUGCACUGGUUCUUCUGGGCUUUAUUCUACAAUACUGCCACCGAACUGCCGAAGGGACGUGUUCAGUUGGGAGCGCAGUGACUUGUGACCGUUGUCUUCAGCUGGGCCCUCAGUGUGCUUGGUGCACGCAAGAGAACUUCACAGAAACGUUCUCAGUAAGCGGACGAUGCGACACGCCAGAGGUUCUACAGGAGAAAGGAUGCUUGGGCAGCUUUAUGGAGUUUCCCGUCUCUAGCAUGGAGGUUCAGUUGGAUGACCCUUUAGGAAAAGCCGGUGACGGUAACCUUACCCACAUAGCACCUCAGAGGAUGUCAGUUAAAUUGCGGCCAGACAGUGAGGUAACAUUUCAAAUCAAAGUCCAACAAACAGUGGACUACCCGGUGGAUCUCUACUACCUCAUGGACCUCUCUGCAUCCAUGUUUGAUGACUUGAACAUGAUCAAGGACCUGGGGUCCACUCUCUCCAAGGAGAUGGCCAAGCUAACCAGUAAAUUCAGACUAGGCUUUGGGUCCUUUGUGGAGAAACCUGUGCUACCCUUCAUCAAAAUCACCAAAGAGGAACUGGAGAAUCCAUGCAGGAGUGAAGGUGCCACCUGUUUGCCAGCCUUUGGAUACAGGCAUGUUCUCUCACUGACCAGCAGCACAGAGAAGUUCAGUGAGAUCGUCUCCAAGCAGCAAGUAUCCGCCAACAUCGACCUGCCAGAGUGCGGCUUCGAUGCCAUCAUGCAGGCAGCAGUUUGUGGGGAUAAAAUUGGCUGGAGGAAUGACUCCAUGCGUCUGCUGGUGUUCGUCAGUGACGCCGACUCCCACUUCGGGAUGGACAGCAAAAUGGCCGGCAUCGUGCUCCCCAACGAUGGACAGUGCCAUCUGGACAGCAACAAUGAGUACUCCAUGGCCUCCCUCCUGGAGUACCCUACCUUGGGACAACUGAUAGAGAAGGUGGUGGAAAACAACAUCCUGCUCAUAUUCGCUGUGACUGACAACGUCAGAAUAAACUAUGAGAAUUAUGCAGAUUUCAUACCUGGUGCCACAGUCGGGAAACUGGAAAAAGAUUCCAAGAACAUACUGGAACUUAUCAUGACAGCUUAUAAGGAGCUGCGCUCUGAGAUCGAUCUGGAGGUUCUGGGGGACACAGAGGACCUUCAGCUCUCCUUCACCGCCAUCUGCCAGGAUGGGAGUGUUCACCCUGGGCUCAAGCGCUGCUCCAAUGUCAAGGGCGGCGACACGGUGUCCUUCAACGUGACAUUGCAGUUGGCCGGUUGCCUGUCGGGGCCACAGCACUUCCACAUCCGCCCGGUGGGGAUGCAGCAGGCCCUGGCGGUGGAGCUGGAGUCCCUGUGCGCCUGUGACUGCCAGCGCUCCCCGCAGGCCAACAGCAGCCACUGCGGCCACGGCACGCCCACCUGUGGCACCUGUGUGUGUGAGCCCGGCUACAUGGGGCCCAGGUGCGAGUGCACCGAGGAGAUGGCCCAGAGCAGUGACUGCAGACUGGAUGAGAGGGCUGAGGUGUGCAGUGGACAGGGUAUGUGUUUCUGCGGGGAGUGCCUGUGUCAUCCGUCCAGCUUCGGCCGUGUGUACGGCGCCUACUGCGAGUGUGACAACUUCUCCUGCCUCCGCUUCCGAGGGGAACUCUGUGGGGGUCAUGGUGAGUGUGACUGUGGAGAGUGUGUGUGUCACCCUGGCUGGAUGGGAGAGUACUGCAACUGCAGCACCAGCACAGAUGUGUGUGUGUCCGAGGACGGGGCCGUGUGCAGCGGGAGGGGAAAGUGUGUGUGCGGGAGCUGUGUGUGCUCGGUGGCCGGAGCGUCAGGAGACACCUGUGAGAAGUGCCCGACCUGUGGAGACUCCUGCUCCUCCAUCAGGCCUUGUGUUGAGUGUCACCUUCAGCAAGAGGAGUCUCCCGAGAGGGAAAGAUGUCUUCAUGUUUGCAGCUCUCCUCUCACCUUUGUCAGCAAUUCCACAGACUUCGAUGAGAGCCAGUCCGUCGCCUGUUCCCUCCAGAGUGCUAGCGAGUGCUUCAUGUCCUUCAGCCUGGUUGAGGCGGACCAGGGUAUCACCGUCUACAACCUCAAACAGUAUGACUGCCCUGAGCCUCCGGACAUUGCGAUGAUAGUGCUGGGCGUCUCCCUGUCUGUCCUCACCAUCGGCAUCAUCUUGCUGGUGGUCUGGAAGCUGCUGGUGUCUGUCCACGACCGCAAGGAGGUGGCCAAGUUUGAGGCAGAAAGAGCAAAGGCCAAAUGGCAAUCGGGCACAAAUCCACUCUUCAGGAGUUCUACGUCAACCUUCAAAAAUGUGACAUACAGAAACAAUGGGAAGCAAAAAGUGGACAUUGGUCUACCAAGCUACUGAGUCCGGAAUAAGAGACUACAGAUGAAACGCACUCUAGCUGCUGACUGCACUGUUUGUGAAUGUGUGUGUGUGUGUGUGUAUUUGAGUAUGUGUGGGUAUCUGAGUAUGUAUGAGAAAGAGAAAGAAAGGGAGGAGUGGAUUUUAAGGACAAUUCUCAUAGAGAUUUACCUUAUGUUUUCGGAAUCAAAUGGUUUGUGUAUUCAGGGAUUUUGCCAUUUUUAAAACUGCAAAGACAUUACAGACUUAUGUUACUACUGAACAAAUUCAAUUAUUUGGUUUUGCCACUGAUUCUUCUGCUUGACUGUGCACUGGAUUUGUUUUUAGUGUUUAGGGGAUUUGAUUGUACUUAAAAAAAUAUAUGACCGUGAUUUAAUUAUUUUAAAAUUGUGUUUGUAUGUUUUAGUUAUUUUUUUUUAAUGUUGGCUGAAACACAUUUGGCCAGUUUUUUUAUCGAGGCUGAGCCUUGAAUUGUUGAAUACGUGUGAUAAAAUGAGGAUUAUUAUUAAAAUAAAUUUGAAGUUGGCUGGAUCAAAUAA